AUGUCCGGAGUAGUUAUCCCCGCCGGCGGCACCUUUGUCGACACUCUGAAGAAGUCUUUUGUUGACGUCCCCAUUGACGCCGACAAUGACAACGCCAUUGGCACCACCGAGUUCUUGGAGGCCGCCGAGAGCCUGACGACCAUCUUUGACUUGCUAGGAUCGGUCGCUUUUACCCCCGUCAAGAAUGACAUUCUCGGCAACAUCAAGAAGGUCCGCGAUCGCCAACUGGCCGCCCCCGCCGAGUCCGAGACGAUCCAAGCCCUCGUCAUCAACGAGCUCAAAACCAAGAAGCACACCGCCGCUGAGGGCCUGUUGUGGCUGAUCCGCGGCCUCGAGUUCAUGUGCAUCGCCCUGUCGCAGAACAUCGCCAAAGCCACCGAGGAGCUGGCCGACUCGUUCCGCUCCGCUUACGGCGCGACCCUCAAGCCCCACCACUCCUUCAUCGUCAAGCCCGUCUUCAGCGCCGCCAUGUCGGCCGUCCCCUACCGCAAGGACUUUUACGCCAAGGUCGGCAGCGACCAGGAGAAGGUCAACACGGAGCUGGCCAAGUACCUCGCCAGCCUCGACAAGCUCAUCGGCAUCAUUAAGGGGUUCCAGGAGAGGAAGGAGGCCAAGUGGUAG